CACGUCAGCAGUGCCACGUCAGCAACAGUGCCACGUCAGCAGUGCCCCGUCAGCAACAGUGCCACGUCAGCAGUGCAACAGUGCCACGUCAGCAGUGCAACAGUGCCACGUCAGCAGUGCAACAGUGCCACGUCAGCAGUGCCAUGUCAGCAGUGCCACGUCAGCAACAGUGCCACAUCAGCUGUGCCACGUCAGCAACAGUGCCACGUCAGCAGUGCCCCGCCACCAUGACGGGCUCAGUUCUGGGCAUGCCAGGCCAACUGGCAAAUGAGUCCAUUGCCGGGUACCGACAGCGGUUCGAAACUCAGCUCGCACUAAUCGCGGCUGAGGAACAGCGCCAGCUGGCAGCCAAGGCUCUCCGCCUACAGGCUGAAGCGGCGGCAACAGCUGAGAAACAGCGGCUUCAGGCCGAAGCAGACGCAGACACCCAGGCACGCCGCAAGGAAGCCCAGGAUCUGCUGCAGCAGCAUGAAACCACCAGCAUUAAAAGGCUCAAGUUUUGGCAUUUUGAACCAUCCGCGGAGCACAACGACGCGACACCGGAGGAACAACACAAGGAAUUCAUGGCCAAGUUCAUGACCAGGUUGAUUUACACUUGUAACCACCUGCAGUCUGAGCUGGCGAACCUCCAGCGGGCCGUACGGAACCACAAGGAUCAGCACGAGGAUGCAGCACGGGCACUUGAUUCCCGUCUACAGGACUUGGAGCAAACUGCACCAAGACCGGAGGCUGGCGAGUCCAGCAGUGCACCCUUUACCCGCCAACUGGAGGAACACGUCGAUCACGUAGUGGCAAUGCUAGGUGAUAUUAGCACCUUCGCAGCGCCAGCCACCAUCAGCCAUCAGCUGAACACACUAAAGACCGAGAUCAGGCAGCGACAACAGCUUUCUGACCCUGAUCGCAGCACCAGCACGGCGAAGCAUUACAAGAUGCCGACGUUCCGAAUCGAGAAGUUCGAUGAUUACACACAUCAAGACCCGGUCGUCUGGUGGCAAGGAUUCACAACGGAGUUGGGGAUUUUUGAGGUCCCCGAACAUCUGUUCAUCGGCGUGCUGUUCCUUAACGCCAAGGGAGGAUGCCAAAUCUGGCUCAGCCAUAUGGCAACCGUCCACGGCGUCCAGGUCUUCGACCUGCACAAGAAGGUCUCCUGGGAGGAUCUGACAAAGGAAUGGACGAAGCGGUUCAUCGUUGACGACGCCCCAGCUCUCGCCAUCAACCGCAUCUUCACGAUGGCUCAAGGAAACACAGCGACACGUGAUUGGCUCACAGAUUGGCAGAAGAUUGUGGCGACGCCCGAUUUGGACUUACCAUUUCCGCAUCUGCGCCAGGAGUUCUACAACCGGUCAUGCACCGCUUUGAGCCUCGCACUUGGUGAUCGCGAGCAGUACAACACCUUCGCCGAAAUCAUCAACAAGGCGAGGGGGGGCGGAGACCGCCGCAAGGCGGAAGGACGUCGGGAGCACCAAGGGGAGACGUGGUACAGGUGGGGCAGGAGUGUCGGGGACCACAUAGGAUCGGAAGACGGGGCAGUACCGGCAGGACAAAGAGCCAGGGACCAUGCGGGACCAGGGGACGGCGUGGUGCCGGCAGGACGAAGUACCGGGAACCGCGUAAGACCAAAGGAAAGACGUAAUGCAGGCGGGCCAAAGUGCCUGGGACCGCGUGGGCCUAAAUGAAAUGGCGGGACCCGCGGAACCAUUAGCAGGACGAGUAUCGACGGGAUAAAGUGUCGGGAGCUGC